AUGAAAUGGCCAUUUUCAAUCGCUUUCAUGGGUUCUUCACAGGAGUCCAGCCCAGGGACAUCUGAAGCUCAAACAGCGAGUUAUGAAGCAGAUUCAGCAGCUUUAGAAGAGUUUAAUAAUUCGUUUCAAAACUGGGAUGCCGAGUUUGCAUCGGAUCCAACAGAAUGGGAGAGGAAAUUCAACGGAGAAUGGGAAAAACUGAUUAAAAAGCUACAGAAACCAUGUAAAGAAGUUAGCACUGUACGUUCGUUUUAUGUUUAUUUUGUUUUUGAGUUUUUAGAUGAAAGAUAAAAAUUUUUGGAACAGUUGGAAAGGAGUUGUCGAUGUUUGAGUGAGCGACAUCAAGUGGAAUAUUGAAAUGAAAUUAAAGUUAUCGGUUUUUGAUUUAACUUUUUUUAACAAGGAAUUAUAGACUUGAAAUUUUGAGGGAUGGCAGAUUAUUUAUUUUUUAACUAAUAAUAUAAAAAACAAUGUAAAAUGUGCCAUGAUUUUGAUGUUAUAAUAUGUAAACCUUAAUCCUAUCUUCAAACUGCAUGUAAAGGUUUUUUUAGUAUUUUGUAGCUUUAAAUGUAAAAUACGGCUUUUGUUGUUAUCAGUUUAGAAAAUAUAAAUUAUAAUAGUUUAGUAUCGCAAUUUCACUAAUAAUAUUGUUUUAUGUAACCGAAGUAUGCGCUCAUGUCGAUUCAAUGUGCAAAUUGUUGGUAAUGGAAGUGAAUUCAUUGCCAGUGGCAGCAAUAGGACCUAUAUUGGAACUAGUGUUUACUCACGAUAUAUUUAAAAUAAUAGUGGACUGGGCUGAAGAUAUUCCUCUUUUUCUAGUUCCAACUUGUCAGGUAAGCUAAAUUAAUAUUUUUUUUCAAAAACAAGACUUUACUUAAAGGUUCGCUUUAAAUAGUAAAAUAUUAAAUUUCAAAUAAUUUCAAAUAUUUUUUAUUGCAGCUAGGACUACUGCGGAUAUACCAAGGUUUAGUGACGAGGAAUCACUCACAAACACAUUGUCUUCUUGUACAUAAACCUAUUUUACUGCCACUUUUGCAAAUUUUACAAUGGUGUAGAAGGUCGGCUGAACAGAGAUGCUUUCAAAGAAGCCGAAUCGACCGAGAUUUUGUGUUUUUACUGCAUGAGGUAUGUUGUUUUUACUUUUUUUGGAAUUUAGAUCAAAGUUAAAAGAAUCUGCUUAUUAAAAGAUAAAUGGCAAGAACUUUCUUUACAAAACAUAAAAUGGCAAGAACUUCCUUUACGAGGCGUAAAAUGACAAGAACUUUCUUUAAGAAACAUAAAAUGGCAAGAACUUUCUUUACAAGGCAAAGAAUCGUAAAAACGUUCUCUACAAGUUUAAUAAUUACCUAAAAACUCGCUUGAAUCUCCUAUAACAUCAAAUAAAAACUUCAUUUUAGAUCUGCAAGAAGAUUUCAGUCGACAGCACGUUACUCGAUUUCUUUUUCAAUCCACGAUCAACCGAUGGCUUUGAUUUGUACGAAAAGACCCAGCCUUUUUUGGUCUUCAACUUGCUAAUCAGAUAUUUAUAUGAUUCUGACUAUGAAAUCUCAUUUCAAUGUAGAAAUGCGCUUCUUCUGAUUCUGACGGCUUCUAAAGAUUUGGAUUUUGUGGCUACACACGUGGCUGAAGAGGUAAAAUACGGGUUCUAAACUCAUGUUCAAGUACUUAAUCUUUGUGUAGUCGAUAAGUAUUGGGUUUUUUAAAUAAUUCUGAGCCACUAACUUUGAGAAGUUGUUUGGCUAGUUUUCAAAUUUCAGUCCAACUUCUGUCCAGUACUAGCCACAGGUCUCUCCGGUUGUUACUCUCAACUGCCAUUCUUUAUAUGUGAAGCCCUGAGGCUAAAAGACGAUGAAUUUCACAAACUAUACAUUGAUGCUGAUUUUGAUUCUGUAGCCGAGCUGAUCAACUUUCAUGGUGCUCUCUUGUUCUGUAAUGCUGUAGUUGGAGCGGCUCAUCCAUUGGUGGCUAAAAGUAUAGUAGACUAUUUUUAUAGUGGAUUCUUGGAGGAGGUGGUCAAGCCAUCGUUGUUGCAGGUAAGGGUGGGGUGUAGAAGGCUUUGAAGUUUGCAAAACUGGAAAAAUGGUCUGAAUUGAAUGAAAAUGAAAUUGUUCGUAUAACUUGUCACACACAGGCUGCAAUGUUUAACAAAUUGGUUUUUAAAUGUAAAAUACGGCGCCUGUAGCUUUACUUCUUAAAGUAGAAAAAUCUUUCUUUACGAAUAAAAAAAUUUUUUUUUAUUAUUUGAAAAAUGGCAAAAAAUUUCUUCACAAAGCGAAAAAUGAAAAAAAUCUUAAUUAAAGCUUUCAGAGUGACAUAGAAAAGCUGAUAAGCAGAAUCGCCUACUUCCAUUUAUGCUUGGAGACCGUAACCGAGCCAGCAAUGAUUCAAACCAUGUUGAAAUUACUGUCAGCUUCCGAAACAAACACACCUGAUAUGAAUCUGCUCGAAGUGAUUUUAUACAAAAUGAAUCAAAGUGACAGGGUAGGUUUAUAUGGCCAUAAUGUGACAAUUUUUGGGGAGUGAGUAAAAUAGUUUUAAAAGUUGAUUUUGGGGUCAAAAAGUAUAUAGAAAAGAGGUUUUUAUGGAAAAAUGGCUGGUUUUUAGUUAAUUUUUGACUUGUUUUUGGAUUUUUUGAAUAAUGAAAAAAUUUUUAGUGUAAAAUACGUAACAAUUAAUUGUCUGAAAAAUUUGUAACAUGAAUUUAAAAAAAAGAUUAUUUUUAGGCUAAAAAUUGGGUAGAAAAGAGAUUUUUAAGAAAAAGGUCAAAAAUUGGUUAGAACCGCGUUUUUUUGUGAAAAAGUGGCAAUUUUUUGCUGAUUUUUACUAUUUUUAUUUGAUUUUUUAUGUUUGACAAGAGUUUUUUGGUCAUAAGCUACGAAGAAUUGUGUUUUUAAGAAAUUUUGUGAAACGAGUUCUAAGAAAAAUUAUUUUUUGGUCUAAAAGUGAGUAGAAAUGCAUUCUUUUUGGUGAAAAAUGCGACUCUGGUCGAUAUUUUCAUAAAUUGAUAAAGCUCAAUUUUUAGCUCUGCCGAGUGGUACUGUCUCUUAUACGAACCCUACUCGAACUACGCUCAGAAGACUUUCUCUGGACCGCUUUAUUCCGCUACAUUUUGCCAUUUAUUCGCCUAAAGCCUCAAAAGUCUCGAUUCGAACCCCAACUGACAGUAGAAGCCGCCAAAGCCUUCCUCUCGUGUAUCCCAGAAUCUUGCUUAAACAUACCUGAACUAGCAUCACAAGAUGUGUUUGAUGCCUACAAUUCAGAAGCCUAUGAAUUCCUAAGAACGACCAAGAGGAAUAUAAAGCAAUGGAAGUUUAAAUACGAUGGGGUUACCCCAAAUAACCUUCUGAAUCUAAAUAUACCAGAAGAAGUGUUGUCAGCUAGACAGAACUUUACGAGAAUGUCGUCAGCUAGAAGCUCUAUGACAUCAAAUGCUUGGAAUAGGUAUUUUACGAAUAGAUCAGGACAUAACACAUCGGAUUCAACUUCAUUGUAUGCACCGGAUUCUGGAAGAUUUCCGUUGAAUCAGCUAGGAGAAGAUGAUUUGAACAGCACGUUUGAUGCUGACAGUGGGGAAGAGAGGUUCAAGGAUUUGGAUUUGAGGUGAGGAUGGGAAAAGUUGGGUAGGGUAAGGUGAGGAAGGGUAAAGUAGAGUAGGGUAGGGUAACAAAGGGUCGGAUAAGAAAGCGUAGGAAAGUGUAAGGUAGGGUAUGGGAAGGUAGGAUAGAUAUCGCCUAUGAUGUAUUUUCGAAAACACCAUGCCUUAUCUUACUUUAACAUACCCAACUCUACCUAGUUUUACUCUAUUUUACCUUGGUUUACUUUACACAAUUCUAGUUUAUUGUACUAUAACUUACUCUAUUAUGCUAUACCCUACCUCAUUAUACCCUAUUUCACUUUUUUUAAGUUACUCUAUUUAAAAAUUUAAUUUUAGUAACGAAGAAGACCAAUCAGAGAUGUUUACCUCAAACUACGAACUCAUGACUCAAUCCCACAUUGACUACUUUCAAUUCGCAUACGAUGGCGCUUCAGAGUCCGAUGAUUCGAGAAAGAAUUCAUUUAAAAGUGAAGAGAAAGAAGAAGUCAAAGCUCUGGGGACAGAAGUUGAACCAGAAAAGCUGGGAUUAAUCAAAGCUGUCAAUAAACAAGAUUGGAAUGGCGUUAAGGAGGUAAAAUACGGGUUUUUUUUCUUUGUUGGGGCUUAAAGUUUAAAAAUGACUUUUCUAAAGGUUUUUUUAUACUUUCGAAGUUUAAAUGAGUUUCAAAAAUAUUUUUUUUUUAAUUUUAAUUUUUUUUAUUCAAAAAUUUUUUUAGAACUUGCCAGAAUUUACCGAGAUAAUCUCUUCCAUACCCAUAAACCAAAAGAAAGUAGAAAGCUUAACAGUCGACGAAGCCAUCGACUUAAUCAACUCCAGAUUCCAACACGUCUAUGAACUCAAAAACGAGCUAGAAGCGGUAGAAAACGAACGAAAGUCAACCGGUCACCCCCUCAAACUCGACCUCAAUAUGUCAAACAACAAAAACCAACCGAAAGGAGGUCUCUUAAUGACAUGUACAACCGAAAAAGGCGCUGGAUACUUAUUCGAAUCACUGAUAACGGCACUAGAAAGACUGGUCGAUCACAGCAUCACUACGAAUGUACAAUUGGCAUUAGUAUUGGAGGUAUUGGCAUCAUAUCCACAGCCAGUUCUGGAGACGUUAUUGUUGUAUUCGGAUGUGAUGAAGACCAGUUUUCUGCCUAGAAUCAUGAGGGUUUUGGAGAAUUUGAAGAUGAGAAUUGAUGCGUUUGCUACGAGUGUGGAGAACUUUGAAGAAUAUGUUAAAAGGGGCGCUAAACAUAGGUAAGCAAUCAUAAAGCUAAGGGCCUUGGGGAAUAUAAACAUUAAACAUAAAUUUUCUAAAGGGCAUUUAAGGAAUUUCAAUUUGAAAAAGAAAAUUUAUAUUGUUGUAGAUCAGUCUUAGCCAACAGCUAUCGUCGAGGAAUGGGCUCGGGUCGAUCCACCUUCAGACACACUUUGAUAGUAAAGGAAAUGGGCGAGGUGGACCAGCAAAAGACCAAGCUUUUCGCAUAUGCAGCCAUCAUUUUGUCUCAAAUUUGUCAGCUUUUGGCCGCCAAUGCCCUUCAACACACUCCAACUUAUUCUGUUGAUGGAUAA